AUGGCAGGCAUGUGUUGUGGUGAGACGACGUCAUAUAGAGAUUCAACACCGUCAACUACCGAGCCUAGCGGUGGUGGUCGAGGAAGACGACGUCGUAUGGCGAUACAACAGCUUAAAAGCAUCGCCACUACUGCCUCAAGUACAAAGACGGGGCAAGUCGGUUGUUCUACAGCAACCGUAACUACAUCAAAGAGUUUUCGAGAUGAUGUUUUGGAGAAGGAGAGUUCCAGAUUCGGUUUGACUAUUGUGUGUGGAAGAAGGAGGGAUCUAGAAGAUGCUGUUUCGGUAAAACCGUCGUUUUGUAAAAUGAUUUGCUCUGAUCUACACUUUUACGGUGUAUUCGAUGGCCAUGGCUGCUCUCAUGUGGCGACGAAGUGCAAAGACCGGAUGCACGAGAUAGUAAAAGAGGAAGUUGAGAAUUGUGAGGACUGGAAAGAGAUGAUGAUGAAGAGUUUUGCACGGAUGGAUAAGGAUGUCAGUGAAUGGAGCAAGUGUGCAUCAUCUUGCUCAGAUUGUAGAUGCCAGCUUCAAACACCACAGUCUAAUGCUGUUGGAUCUACUGCGGUUGUUGCGAUUAUGGCUCCGGAUAAGAUUGUUGUUUCUAACUGUGGUGAUUCGCGUGCUGUGUCGGAAUGGUGUUGCGAUUCCGUUAUCCACAGACCAUAA